AUGGUUGCCUCAAAAUCCCAAUACCAUUUCCGCUCCAACAGCUUGCCCGUCAAACCGCACCCGCUUUUCGAGCAAUGCGACGAGCACUUGCGGCGGUUAGGGGCUACUUUUGGCGCAACUUCAUCAUCAUCAUCUUCAAUAAGCCACAAGCUGAGUGGUCUAGAGGAUUUGCAUGAUUGUGUUGAGAAGUUGCUUCAAUUGCCGUUGACUCAACAAGCCUUUGUCCAAGGCCGCCAAGAGAAGUGGGUUGACCAAAUGGUGGACGGCUCUCUUAGGCUCCUGGACAUGUGCAGCGCGGCCAAGGAUGCCGUCUUGCACACCAAGGAAUGCGCGCGCGAGAUCCAAUCAAUCAUGCGUCGCAGAAGGCCGGGGGCUGAAGUUGGGAUCGAGAGUGAGAUCAGGAAGUACUUUGCAUCACGGAAAGUGGUGAAGAAGGCAAUCCACAAGGCCUUGGCUGGGAAUUCGAAAACCGGCGAAACGAAAAGCUCAUUGUGUCCUCCCAACAAAAUGAACGACAACGUUGAAACUAUGGCAUUGGUUUGUGCUUUAAGAGAGGUGGAGGCAGUCACACUGGCGGUGUUCGAGUCCUUGUUGUCGUUUGUUUGCGGGGCUAAGGUACAAGCCAAGCUGAGCGGCUGGUCUUUGGUCUCCAAGCUUAUGCAAAGAAAGAGAGUUGGUUGUGAGGAAAAUGAAAUGACUACAGCCAAUGAGUUUGAGAAAGUGGAUGUUGUUUUGAACAUUCUCAUGCGUCAAGAGGCAAACAAAUUUGACCACAAGUUGCAUGUUGAGAACGUGCAAAAUGAGCUUCAAAAUCUGGAGUUUUGCGUUCAGGAAUUUGAAGAAAGACUAGAGCGUCUAUUCAGGCGUUUGAUCAAAACCAGAGUGUCCCUUCUCAAUAUUCUUAACAACUAG